AUGUGCACGCUUGGAUUCAGCACGAGGUGUAAAAUACGUCAUUGUUUUCGUUGUGAGGGUGACACAGAAUUCUACUGUAAUACGUGUAAAUAUGACCUGUGUCUACAGUGUAAAGAGAGACAUAAUACUGACUCCCAUAAAGUACUGUUAUAUAGAUCAAAACAUCGUAAAAGAGGCUUUACAAUACAGUGUAAGAUACGUCAAUGUUCUCAGUGUCAAGGGGACACAGAAUACUACUGUAAUACAUGUAAACACGACCUGUGUCUAGAGUGUAAAGAGAGACAUGUUACAAACUUCCUUACCAAACAUCAUAAAGUGCCAUUAUAUAAAGCCUUGACUAAACAGUGUAAGAUACAUCAAUGUUCCCAGUGUCAAGGGGACACAGAAUACUACUGUUACACGUGUAAACAUGAUCUGUGUAAACAGUGUAAAAAAAAACAUGUUGUUGAUCUAAAUACCAUAUACCAUGAUGUUGUGAUUUAUCGUGAGACAUAUAACAUUGCAAAACAAGAGACCUGUGUAAGACAUGUAGAUACGACCUACGAAAUGUUUUGUUAUUCGUGUGAACUUCCUGUGUGUGUCAAAUGUACAGGACAUAGGCAACACCUAACAAAAGACAUAGUAAAAGCAUAUAAAACAAACCGGCAGCAACACAGAGGGACCAUUCACAACAUCAGAAGUGAAAUUUUGAACAACGCUUAUUCUCUUUUGGCAGGAAUGGAAACACGCAGCAGAAGUGAUAUAACGUUCAGAACAAGUAUUUCUAAAUGUAAAUCAGAAAUGUCCACAAAAGCCAAGAGAUUAAAAGACUACAUUGACAAUGUGCAAUGCGACAACAUAAAAAAGAUUACUUGUUAUCUGAAGUAUAGACUACAAAAGCAUAAAAGAAAGAUGAUCAAACAUCUUGCAAGCAUUGAAAGCUAUGAACAUAUAUUUGACCAGUCAGCGAAUCUUCCGGUACAUUUCCUACUAUUCCAAAAGAAUACUAAUGCUCUAACGACAAAGAUUACCCCAAAUCUUACACAAAACGUCCUGUUCUCUCUGGCUGAGGAAACUUAUAUUGAUGUUAUCCAGAUUCUGAAUGAAAUCCAAAUCAUAGAAACAGGAAGGAGACGAGUUAGAAGCGAAAAUCUUAUGAAAAUGAUGUCCACGUUCGUGUUACAUAAAUCUAUUUCAGUUAGAGGUGUUUUUCAGGUAAAGCACAUAUCCUAUGUGACAUCAAAUAGAUUUUGGAUCAGUGACAUUAAUAAUCUCAUCCUUAUAGAUUCUGCUGGCAGAAAGUUGCAUCAGUUGACAAAUAGAGGUAGAUUUUUUGCAGGGGCACACGCGGUGAACAUGUCUUGUGAUCUUUGUUUUAUAGAUAUAGAUGGUACAAUUAACAAAUACUCAAGAGAUAACAAAGUAAUAUCUACACUGAUACAGAAAACGGAACCAUGGACACCAUUUUGUGUUUAUUGCUCCCUGAUCGAUGGAGAUCUUCUACUUGGGAUGGAGAAUACUGAUACAAAAAUAGGGAAGGUUACACGGUAUAACAGCACAGGACAACACGUACAGACAAUACAACUGGAUGACAGAGGUGAAAAACUGUAUAGUAGACCAAUGUACAUCACAGAGAACCGCAAUGGAGAUAUUAUUGUGUCUGACUAUUUCUGUCAUGCUGUAGUUGUGACGGAUCGUGGAGGGCGACACCGGUUCUCCUACAGAGGACAUCCUCCAAGAUUCUUACUACAACCACGUGGAAUAUGUACUGACGCGCUGUUACACAUCCUGGUAUGUGAUUUUAACACCCAGACAGUACAGAUGAUUGACAAGGAAGGUCGAUUUAUCUCACUGAUAAAUAUACCACAAGAAGUAGAAUGUAAACAUUGGAGCUUAUUUUAUGAUGAAAAACGUCACCUUCUCUGGGUAGGAUCCUUUGAUAAUAACACAAUGUGUGCUUACAGGUAUAAGGGAAGGCAGGACAACUGUCUGACGGAUCGUUCAUAG